AUGCCUAUCCCAAUUAGUGUGAUUACCACCUUCAAAACCACCUUCAACCCCUUCUCCCAGGCAUCCCGCCCCUGCCGCCUCUUCCUCUCUCUCCUCCGAACCCCCAACACUGUUGCCGGUAGCCCAACCUUUAUCGACAUCAAGGUCAACCAAUUGCCGCGCAACUCCACACAAGAACCCGUUAUGACCAUCGGCUUCAAGGGUGGAAAGGAACUGACCCUGGAGGUUGGCAAGCGUGGUCUCAAGAUUGGUGACAUAGUUGAGGAAGUGUCGCGAGUUGGUCGCCAAUUGGAGCGCGAGGCUAGUCUGAAGGGCUGA